AUGCUCACCGGCAACAAGCUCUACUAUGGCCUCAUCUUGGUGCCAUUUGCGUGCUUCACACAAGAAUUGGGGCUGGAUGACGCGCAGACCUUCAUCCUCGCUGCCGCCGCGAUCCUUCCUCUGGCGGGAUUGCUCGGCGAGGCGACCGAGCAGGUAGCCUUCCACACCAAUGAGACGGUUGGGGGCUUGCUCAAUGCCACCUUUGGCAACGCGACUGAGCUGAUCGUGUGCUAUUUUGCGCUCCAGCGAGGCUUGCUGCUGGUGGUGCAGGUGUCGCUGCUCGGAUCAAUCCUGUCAAACACGCUGCUGGUACUCGGCUGCUCCAUGGUCGCCGCUGGCAUCCGCCAGAUGCAGUCCAAGUUCAAUCUGGUCGCCGCGCAGUCCAACACGACCUUGCUGCAGAUCGCCAUCCUCGGCCUUGUCGUGCCGACGGCGAUGGAGUCGACGGGACAGUUCGCGGAGCACUCGCCGAACGACCUGACGCUCGCACGAGGCAUCUCAAUCGUCCUGCUCAUACUCUACGUGCUCUACGUCUAUUUUCAGGCGCGGCCUUCCAUCCUCCCUCGCCCUGCGCCGUCACCAACUAACCCUCCCGCCCGUCCUUCUCUCGUGGCGCAGCUCUUUUCGCACGCGGCGCUCGGGGCGAUCGCGUGGCUGGCCUUCGCAACAGUGCUGAUCGCCUUUCUCUCCGAGAAGCUCACCGGCGCUAUCGAAGGCACCACUGCGACAUAUGGCAUUUCUGAGACCUUUGUAAGUUUCGUCAUCAUCCCCAUCGUCGGCAAUGCAGCGGAGCACUCGACUGCCAUCGUCAUGGCCUGGAAGGGCAAGAUGGAUCUCGCCUUUGGAGUCGCGCUCGGCUCGUCGACGCAGAUCGCACUCUUCGUCGUCCCGCUCAUGGUGAUAAUUGGCUGGGCCAUUGACCAGCCAUUGACCCUAGUCUUUGGCGUGUACGAGACGAUAAUCACCUUUCUUUCCGUGCUCAUCGUCUCGCACAUCGUUAGUGACGGCGAGACCAACUGGUUGGAAGGCACGAUGCUGCUCUUCACCUAUUUCAUUAUCUGCUUCGCCUUCUUCUUCUAUCAUCACCAAGAGGCGCUUCCCGAUGACCACCCCAUGAAGCACGCCUAG